CCCGUCUCAUAAUUCUAGGAUCCGACCAAGUGUAAAAUGCUUGGUACCCAAGUUUGCCUGCUCCAACCAAGUGUAAAACUCUAGUAAUUAUGAGACGGGGGCUUUAAGUCGCUCUGUCAUGACAGCAUGGUGUUCCGCGGACAACAAUCUACGUCGUCCCGCACCAACGGCUUACAUUACCAGACUGGUCGCCGAGCUUUUCGUCCACCCGAUUAGACUUAUCUGGGAGGGAUUGGACGGACCGAUCACGCUCUUCAGUUCGAUGACCUCGUUAGUCACGUUUCCCGCUCGGAUGAUCUCCCAUUCCAUGGCGCAAGUACCAAGGGGGUCGCACACACGACACAAUCAGGAUCGUCGAGUGACAACAGCUUCCACGAUAAGAGAAAAUUGUCGAGCAUUUUUCCACCCAAUCAGAUUCAUUCGAAGUCGAUAGUCCGAUGCUUCCACAGGCGACGAUCUCUGAUGACGAUCUUCCCAACCCAGCAUUGGUGAUCCAUCACCAUUACCAAGGCCAUUUCAUGACAGAUUCCAAGGUGGUCUGAUAAUAGCAGCUGAUGUGAUCAGGAAGGCUUCCUAUGCUCUUCAGUGGUCAACAGAGCCAUUGCUCCCACGGGUUCCUCCUCAAGGAAAAGCAGCAGAUUUUUCACACAACUGACUGGCUCUAACCGGCGAUGACUAGCAAAUCCGAUCGCACCCCUGCAGCGUCGAGUCACGAGAAGCUUCGGCUGAUCUGUCGGACCGAGAUGGUGACGUACCUGAACGACACAACCGGCUGGAAUCCACAUGAGUGCGAGUGCUGCUUCGACCGUGCAGUCAGCUUCCGUGCACAGCGCGUACUUGAGAUGAGGAACUUGGACGACUUCCGCACCCACCUGUGCAAACGGCAGUCUGAUUCCACCCCCCUUGCUCCCCUAUAUAGGAUAAGGCAGGCCAUUCUGAAGACUGUAAUGGAAGAGUUGCAGGCGGAGGGGUCAAAUGGACAGCUGCAACGUGAGCUGUUUAAGCAGAAGUAUGAGCUGGCGCCUCACUUUUGUGCGGAAGCUAUGAUUCUGGAGUGGAUUGCUGAGCCUCGCGUGGGCGUGCUCAUGGACUUGGGGAGAAUCAGAUCCCGCCUGCCGUAUAUUUUCGCUGCUACCAAUGCAGCUACGGAUGUCACUUCUCCUGCUGCUGCUGGUGCUGCUGUUGCUUCUGCAACGUGUUCUCUCUGCUGGUGCUGUAGCAGCUGCUGGGCUGCCUAUCGCCGUGCUGUCAGCUUCUCGACAUCCCUCGCGUUGUGACUUUAUGGAAGGCUCACUUGGAGUCACACUGUUCAGCCUUCCCAGCUAUCGUGGCUGAGCUUGGUGCAGGCGUGCAGACAGAGGACGACCGCUUUGCUUCCAUGCUGGUGCAGAUUCUCGGGGUGAAGGGGACUGCUGAACACAGGGAAGGCUUCGCGUUCUUCGUGCAAAAUCUGCUUGAGAAGGCUCAUCCGGGAAAGGGGAGAUUACGCUGUGUGGGAAAGUGGAUUACAGAGCGGGAGGGGAGCGCUGGGGAGAUGGGGCGGAUAACGGAGGCUGCCUCGAGACGGUUGGAUAGUGCGGCCAGCAUAGGACUGGAGGAGUCAGCAUCGACGCCAGGGAUCAGCGGAGGGGAAGAGAGAAUUUUCUCAACGGGGCUUGUUAACAACUGUGGGAGGGACGGAAAGGAUGAGAACUGGAGCAAAAAUUUGAAGGGGUCUGUGUAGGAGAGGUAUGUGGAUGGGAUGGCUUGGAUCCUAAAGCAUGAAGGAGGGGAGGAAAGGGAUUUCAGCAGUAGUGGCGUUGGUAGCACCAGCAGCAGCAACAGCAGCAGCGAUGGCAGCAGCGGCAGCAGCAGCAGCAGCAACCGCAGCAACGAUGGCAGCAGCAGCAGCAGCAGCCGCAGCAGCAGCAGUGCUCCGAAGGGUAUGCAUUUGAGUGGUGUAGGUGCAGCUGAGUUUGCCCUCGCUGCUGCUACCGUGUUAUCUAAGCCAGAGCACUGGAAGGAAGCACAAAUGUACCUUUGCGAUGGAAACAAUCUGAUGAAGAUAGAGGUGGAGGAUGCUGCUAUUGAGGAGUCUGGGAGAAGGCUGCGAAGCUUGGGUCUGACAAGGGAGAUGGGUGGAGGAGUGAGAGCAGGAGAAGGACGAGCUGCAGCAGCAGCAUCUGCCCCUGCAUCCUCUUCUAACAGGGGUGUUUUGGCUGACGCUAGUGCUGGUAUGAACCCUGAGCUCGUGCCUGUCAACACACAUCCAGUGGUUGCGGCCUUGACACAUCGGGUUGGUUGCAUAUUGACGUGGGCCCGAGUCUACGGUUCAGAGAUCAAGAUGUUUUGGGCUGGGGGUGGUGGAGGAGCGUGUGGCAGCAGAGGAGUUAGCACAGACACCUGCUGAACAGGCAUCGCAAGCUAGAGGAAGGCGCAGAAGAGGGAGGGGAAGAGGUUCAAAGACAGCUGGCAAGGGAGCUGGGAAGGGAGAUGGGAGAACCAGGGGGUGUGGGAGAGAAGAAGCAAAUGGAGCCGAUGCUCCAGCCCUUGCACUCCCACCCACCAGGAAAUUCCCCAUCGUUCGCUGCCAGGCAGAUGUGGACUUUCUGGUGGAGUUCGCUGAAUCUACCAUUGUGCCACCAGCAUGUACCCAGUGCCAGAGCUGUUUCACCCAGUACACCAAAUACAUGGACAUCCUCGCAGUCAUUGCAAACUUCGCGUACCGUCCAGUCAGCGUCCUAUUCAACUGCUUCAUCUCCGUUUCUCCCCCACACUCCUGUGACUUUGAAAAGCUCAUCUCCUUCAUGGAUACCGAAGCAGAGAUGCCUAAGCCUGUGAACGUGCAUAUGAUGCUGACGCGAGCAUAGCAGCGUCCCCUCUUUUUCCUCCUCGUCGUAGCCCUCUUGUGCGCUGGUCCGAUAUUGGAAAUCGAGGUGUUCAAGUGCAACAACAACGAGAACGAGCAGGGACUGCAGAGGGCUGUGAGGGGGGAUGCUGAGAAGAAAGGGGGAAUGGGUGG